ACCCUCCCAGUGAACAGACCUGUGGUGUGUUUGCGAGCAGCAGCGGACACAUCACCUCAGUCUGGUCAGCCGGCAGGACGCAGGAUUUGGAAGUGACUUUAGCCUGCAGGAAACGCAUGAAGAGGAGGAGGAGGAAGAGCGUCACUGUCAUCAGGAGACGAUGAGGGGGACGUGAGGACAUCUCAUCUUCUCACCGCGCUCCUGUGGAAACAUGACAUUUUAAUUAGUCAAACCUCUAAAUCUUCAGUGGGACUAUUUUUGUAGGAGAGACCCCCACCCAGGACCAGGGAGUAGAUUUUCAGCGUGUGAAGAAAGUACCUGGAGAUGGUAGCGACUUGAAGGCACAGCUGAAGCAGCAUGGAGCCUAUUAAGAAAGACAUGGAUCUGCUGAGUAACAGCAUGGCGACAUAUGCUUACAUCAAAGCCUACCCAGAGACCGUCGCCCUCAUUUUCAUGAUGGGCGUUUGUCUUGGCCUGCUCGCUGCCCUGUGCCUCCUGAUAGUCGGCCUCAACUGUGAUCCGAGGCCCCGCAGGCCUCUUCCGGCACCUCAGAGGACGCAGCUGGAGUCUCGCCAGGAGGUGGAAGAAGAGGAAGUGGGAGAUGGAAGCGUAGCGCGACAAGAGUUGUCUGAAAACCACAAACUGACCAUCAUACCGAUGGACGAGCGCAGCACGCAGUCCAACGGCAGCCUGAAGAGCGUGGACGUGUUCGCCUCAGCCGAGGAGCUGGAGAAGGCGCGGCGUCUGGAGGAGAGGGAGCGCAUCGUUAGGGAGAUAUGGAGGAACGGGCAGCCCGAUAUCCUGGUCACUGGGACUGGCACCAUUGGACGCGUCCAUUACCACUAGUCUCCAAACACGUAGAACAUUGGAACACUUGAAGUAUUUUUAUGGGGGUCUGUGGAGAACAACCAGUCUGAUAAUAAUGUUAUUACCAGAACUAGACGAGUGAAGUUGGCACGUUGUGUACUUCGUAAAUAAAAACUGAAAAAAAUGAUUUGCAAAUCCUUUUCAACUUAUAUUCAAUUGAAUAGACUGCAAAGACAAGAUAUUUAAUGUUUGAACUGAGAAACUUGUUUUUUUUUGCAAUUAAUCAUUAACUUAGAAUUUAAUGGCAGCAACACAUUGCAAAAAAGUUGGCACAGGGCCAUUUUUACCACUGCGUUACAUGGCCUUUCCUUUUAACAACACUCAGUAAACGUUUGGGACCAGCUUUUCAGGUGGAAUUGUUACCUAUUCUUGCUUGAUGUACAGCUUAAGUUGUUCAACAGUCCGGGGUCUCCGUUGUGGUAUUUUAGGCUUCAUAAUGCACCACACAUUUUCAAUGGGAGACAGGUCUGGACUGCAGGCCGGUCAGUCUAGUACCCACACUUUUUAGUUCUUUACUAUGAAGCCACGCUGUUGUAACACGUGGCUUGGCAUUGUCUUGCUGGAAUAAGCAAGACAAUGCCAAUGAUAUCGUCGCUUGGAGGGCAACAUGUUGCUCCAAAACCUGUAUGUACCUUUCAGUAUUAAUGGCGCCUUCACAGAUGUGUGUAAGUUACCCAUGCCUUGGGCACUAAUACACCCCCAUACCAUCACACAUGCUGACUUUUCAACUUUGCGCCAAUAACAAUCUGGAUGGUUCUUUUCCUCUUUGCACCGGAGGACACGACGUCCAGUUUCCAAAAACAAUUUGAAAUGUGGACUUGUCAGACCACAGAACACUUUUCCACUUUGCAUCAGUCCAUCUUAGAUGAGCUCGGGCCCAGCGAAGCCGGCAGCGUUUCUGGGUGUUGUUGAUUAAUGGCUUUCGCUUUGCAUAGUAGAGUUUUAACUUGCACUUACAGAUGUAGCGACAAACUGUAGUUACUGACAGUGGUUUUCUGAAGUGUUCCUGAGCCCAUGUGGUGAUAUCCUUGCUUUUUGAUGCAGUACCGCCUGAGGGAUCAAAGGUCCGUAAAAUCAUCGCUUACGUGCAGUGAUUUCUCCAGAUUCUCUGAACCUUUUGAUAUUACGGACCGUAGAUGGUGAAAUCCCUAAAUUCCUUGCAAUAGCUCGUUGAGAAAUGUUGUUCUUAAACAAUUAGCUCACAUGUUUGUUGACAAAGUGGUGACCCUCGCCCCAUCCUUGUUUGUGAAUGACUGAGCAUUUCACGGAAGCUGCUUUUAUACCCAAUCAUGGCACCCACCUGUUCCCAAUUAGCCUGUUCACCUUUGGGAUGUUCCAAAUAAGUGUUUGAUGAGCAUUCCUCUCAACUUCCUGUCUUUUUUGCCACUUGUGCCAGCUUUUUUGAAACAUGUUGCAGACAUCAAAUUCCAAAUGAGCUAAUAUUUGCAAAAAAUAAUGUUUUCCAGUUCGAACGUUAAGUAUCUUGUCUUUGCAGUCUAUUCAAUAGAAUAUAGGUUGAAAAGGAUUAGCAAAUGAUUGUAUUCUGUUUUUAUUUACCAUUUACACAAUGUGCCGACUUCACUGGUUUUGGGUUCUGUAGGUCUAAAUUACAUUGUGGGUGGGUAAUAUCCUUCUGAGAAUCAAUGUUCUCUGCAGUGGACAUUGGCGUUCAGCAUACCAGGGCCAUUUUUCAUCUGACUGUGAUGGUACAUCUCUAGCAUAAUGCAAAAGCUAUCUUUUUAUUUGUCCAGUUGACCCUGGGCUUCCGACUUAGUCAAACCCAUUCAUCCAUUUUCUACCGCUUGUCAAACCAUGUACACUAUAUCAUUUUAUAAUAAAUAAAGGAAAUGACUUUUUGUUGGUUUUCAUGUGGACAGAUUCAAACAAAAAUAUCCUGAUAUUCGUAUUUUAAUCCAAAUGGGAAAGAUACGUCUUUUUUUUUUUUUAUUGACAUCCAGCAUCAGACAUUCAUAUCCAUUACAUCAUAGUCACAUAAAUCAUAUAUCUAUUGUCUGCCCUAAAUGUCAAAAUAUUUUUAUUUAUAUCCCACCCAUACCACCCCCAAAAAAGAAAGAAACAUCAAAAAAAACCAAGUAAUAACUACAAAAUAUAAAUAUCGUCUUUUUAUAUGGACAAAAUCAGCGAAAAUGUAUUUAUAUUUGAAUUAUAAACUGAAUGGAAAUUAGCUCAACAAGAUAGUACAAUUAGAUUGUUUUUUUUCACAAAAAUUACUAUCAAUGACCAACUACAUAAUACAAUUUUUUAAAUUAUUUUAAUCAUGUGGACGCAAUUCGGUCAAAAAUACCCAUUUUAAAUGACUAUCAAUGACCGAUGUUAAAUCUAAAAUAUAUAUUCUUUAUGAUAUGGACACAAUUCAAUCGAAAAUACCCUAUUAUUCAUAUUUUUGUUUUUGGACAAAAUUCUAUAAAACACCAUAAUAUUCAUUUUUCAAAUACUUUUAAUUCAUUUAAAAUUUAAAAUAAACUUGACAUUCUAAACAGAAAACAUUUUGAAUUACAUAAUUGAUUCAAUUAUAUAUAUUUUUUUGUCAUUUUGUUAAAUUGAUUAUUUUUUACUCUGAAGAACCCAGCUUGAAAGCAUGUAUUAGUGAGCUGCAC